AUGGCAAACAUCGAGACGCAAUUAUCAGAGCCCGGGACCGACGUACUGACAGCACCCGACGAUUUGGCAGAUUCAGAGCCGAGUCGGAAGCGUCCAAAGACGACUCAGUACGAGCACUACAUGAAUGCAGAAUCAUGUCGAAAGCGAGCAAAUGCUUGCCUGGAUAAGCUCGCAUGUUGCGAUAAUGGGAAGCAGGACCUUGUUUGCGCUGCGCAGGACGAGCUAGAAAACCAACGUCGCGCCUUGGAUGGUUUACUCGCGCAUAUCUCACCUCAAGCUCGCCACUCCCCAGAGAGCGCUGUGCUCAUGGAGAAAGUGUUUAACACACCGGAACUACUUGAACACAUCCUCUACCAGCUAUCAAACUUCGAGCUCAUGGUGGCCAUGCAAGUGAAUAAGGUCUUUUUCAACGCAAUCGAAGGCUCGGUAAAGCUACAGCGACAACUUGGGCUUAAGGACGACCCAGACUCACUGAUCUACUUUCCUACUCACGAUUUCUGGUUCUCUGAUCUGUUCUGCUCCACCCACGCUGUCGAGCGCGUCGCAGGCGAGCCAAUACACAACCUUCUGCGCGUCCAUUGUGCCGUGGAUAGCUUCGCGGGAGAUAUGCGCGUUGGUGAUCGAGCGCGAAGUAUGCUUAUCUGCCAGCCGCCGCUCAAAAUCGUUGAAGCGUACUGCAGCUGUUGCUCCGGACCGAGGGUAUGGAGACAUUCACGUCUUCGUACUAGCAACAGUCACCCGCCUGCUGCUGUCUUCCGAUCGAGUCGUGGCGCCACUGUCGGAGAUAUUCUCGAUCUUACCAAACGGCUCAAAGAAGAGCACAAGAUGUGUCCAGAUGCUUCCAGCUUCGAUCACAACCAGCAAGGCUUCGUCAACGUCCAUGUCUGCUUCGAGGCCCUUGUAGAGGCGAAGGAGAAUGAUCCGCUAUUCGUACGAGAGAGGGACAGAUUCGAGGAAGAGCGAAAGAAGCAUACUGAACGUUUAGCAAGGCAACGGCAUAUCGAUGCAUAUGCCGCCGCCAAGCGUAACGCUCGAGAUUCUGGCCAGCCGAUUCCCACGUUGGCUGAGUUCGAGGCCGCUAACGCCACAAAUGCAACUUGA